AUGUCCCAAUCCCAGUCCAAGUCCAAAAAGCAACCCUCCAACUCGACAAAACCCGCCAAACCCAAGCCCCAAACAGGCUGGAUCUGGCCCAAAGACCCACGCCCAGGAAACCCAACCCGCUGGUCCCGCUUCAAACGCUUCUCCGACGUCCUAACAGGCAAAGGCCCAGACAUCUACGUCGGCACCAUCGGAAAGCACCCACCUCCAACCAAACACAAAGAAUCUUCGGGAAGAACGGUCUCAAGCACCAACUGGGCAAGAUGGGACAUCGAGCCCGAGGAAGACGAUAUCCUGUUCCCCUGGGCGCGACGCGGAAAGCACGAGAAAUAUGAUUAUAGUACGCGCAAGUAUGGGGUUCCGAACGAGAAGACGUGGAGUGCGGUCGAGUAUGCGGAUUGCGAGUGGGAGGGUGGGAAGUGGCCGGGGAAGAAGAAGGUGGCUUCGACGGUGCCGAUUAGGGUUUGGGAUCGGGAGGGGAGGGUGCAUUGGUGUCAGGGGGAUGAGGGGUUGGGUGGGCGAAGUGUGGAUGGGGGGUUGAGUGGGAGUGAGGAUGGAGGGUGUUAUUGUCAUUGUCAUUGUGGGCUUCAUGAUCGUGAUUCGGCGAUUGGGAGUUAUGAGCAUGUGCAUGGGCAUGCUUAUCCUAUUCGUAGUCAUUGUCCUGGUUGUUGA